AUGGAGCCCGAGCACUAUCCACGCGAGCAUUACGCGUUCACUGAAGAUGACACGGCAGCGGGAAGAGAACUUCCACUCGAUGCCUUCGAUGAGGAGAUGCUGCGUCGACCGUACGAUGACCGGCAGCGGCAAGCCACCCAAGGCAGGGCUCGAUUGACGCUGGCGCCUAGGCAUACGGAGAGGAGCACGCAAGCUAGGGAGCCAUCCUACCCAGGUCAGGAGUACGGCUCGAGGGGCGUCAUGAGUCAGCUCGAUUACGCUACGGGUGAAGCACCAAACCUCUCGCAAUUCGCUUACAGCCCUCCGUCAGCUCCGGAUGUCAGCUCCUCCCCGCAUAUUCUACCCUCAAGUCCAGCAAUACGAGCGAGUCAGCGACGUAAUGAUUUACGCAGGAGUAACUCUCGGCCACAACGCCAAUAUGAAGACGAACCAUAUGAUGACAGACCUCGAGCUUCUGCAGCUCAAGACUCCCAGCCUUCCUACUACAAAGCAGCUCCAAAGCAGAUGGUGCUGCAGCAUGCACCUCCGGUGGCUCAAGGCAUCGAGCUUGUGCCUACACAUGAGCUUCCUGAUCGAUUCCGCUCGAUAUUCCCGUUUCCGCUGUUCAAUGCUAUCCAAUCGAAGAGUUUCCAAGCCGUGUACCGUAGCAACGACAACUUUGUUCUUUCUUCGCCUACCGGCAGCGGCAAAACAGCAAUCCUGGAGCUCGCUAUCUGCCGCAUCAUCAAUGGGUACUCGGGCGGUCAAUACAAGAUCAUCUACCAAGCACCCACGAAGUCUCUCUGUUCAGAGAGGCAACGGGACUGGCAGAAGAAGUUCGGACCGCUGGAUCUCCAGUGCGCUGAGCUGACUGGUGACACCGACGGAGCGCAGCUGCACAAGGUGCAAAAUGCAAGUAUCAUCAUCACUACUCCCGAGAAGUGGGACAGCAUGACCCGGAAGUGGAAAGACCAUGAGAAGCUGAUGCGGAUGGUGAAGCUUUUCUUGGUGGAUGAAGUUCACAUUCUCAAGGAAGAUCGAGGCGCUACCCUCGAAGCCGUUGUCUCCCGCAUGAAGUCUGUUGGGUCUGAUGUUCGUUUUGUGGCACUUUCAGCUACUGUUCCCAAUCUCGAGGACGUCGCAGCUUGGCUGGGGAGGAACCCAACAAAUCAAGGGACGCCUGCGCUGCAUGAGAAGUUCGGCGAAGAAUUUAGACCUGUCAAGCUCCAGAAGCAUGUUGUUGGCUUUCAAUCCAACGGCAACGACUUCGUCUUUGACAAAGUCAUGGACGCGAAGCUUCCGGAUGUGAUCGCGAAGUACUCGCAAAGGAAACCGAUCAUGAUCUUCUGCUGUACGAGGAAGGCAACAGUCAACACGGCGAAACUUCUUGCGAACUGGUGGACCACCAAGGGUCCUGGAGACCGCUAUUGGGAAGCUCCUCGACGGCAUGUCAAGGUGCUUGACAAUGAUCUGCGGAACUGCGUCUCGGCCGGAGUUUCCUUCCACCAUGCAGGCAUCGAGCAAGCAGAUCGACUCGCCGUUGAGCAAGGCUUUCUGGGGGGUGAUAUCAAUGUCAUAUGCUGCACCUCGACGUUGGCGGUCGGAGUCAAUCUACCCUGUCACUUCGUCAUCAUCAAGAACACGGUGAGCUGGCAAGGUAAUGUGUGCAAGGAGUACGCAGACCUAGAAGUCAUGCAGAUGCUGGGUAGAGCCGGCCGCCCGCAGUUUGACGACAGCGCGGUUGCAGUGAUUAUGACCCGCACUGAGAAGGCUAGGCACUACGAGAAAAUGGUCUCUGGAGAAGAGAUACUGGAAAGUUGCUUGCAUCUCAACCUCAUUGAACAUUUGAACGCGGAGAUCGGACUUGGUACCGUGAGAGACCUUCAUUCGGCGAAAAAAUGGCUAGCUGGAACGUUCCUGUACAUCCGACUUAGAGAGAACCCGAACCACUAUCGGCUGGAGGGCGACAGCGGCAGUGGUAGUCUUGACGAACGGCUAGAGAGGAUCUGUGAUCGAAGCGUCUCUCUUCUACGGGAGCACGAGUUGGUAGAGGAUGGUUCAACGCUCAGGUCGACCGAGUUCGGCGAUGCAAUGGCUCGGUAUUACCUCCAGUUCCAGACAAUGAAGGUUUUUCUAUCAUUGCAGCCGAAGGCGAAGCUCUCAGAGAUUCUGUCCGCACUUGCCCAGGCUGCCGAAUUCAGAGAAGUUCGCUUCCGCUCCGGCGAGAAACCUCUGUACAAAGAACUUAACAAAUCUCCAUUCAUCAAAUUCUCCAUCCCGGUGGAUCUCGCAAUGCCGGCGCACAAGGUCUCUCUUGUCAUCCAAUCCGUGCUUGGUGGUAUCGAUCUACCGGUUGACGACAAGACUGCGAAGCACAGGAUUCAGUACAACACAGACGUCUCCAUUAUUUUCCAGCAUGUCCACCGCCUCAUUCGAUGUAUCAUCGAUUGCCAGCUCUAUCUGGAGGACUCAAUCGCGUCACGAAAUGCCUUGAUGCUAGCGCGAAGCCUCGGUGCUAGGGUAUGGGACGACAGCCCUCUGCAAUUGAAGCAAAUCGAGCAGAUAGGCAUUGUGGCUGUAAGAAAACUUGUCAAUGCUGGCGUGAAGACUAUCGAGGAGCUUGGAAACAUGGAGCCUCACCGCAUAGAGACGGUCCUGUCGAAGCAUCCGCCUUUCGGUAUGAAGCUGCAAGACCGCUUGAAGGCAUUUCCAAAGCUGCGUGUGUCUGUGCAGAUGAUGGGCAAGACGAUCAAACCGGGUGAAGGCGUGAAGGUCAAUCUCAGAGUUGAGAUUGGCUUUAUGAACGAGAAGAUCCCUGAGACGUAUCAGAAGAAGCCGGUCUACGUAUGUUUACUCGCGGAAACGUCUGAUGGGCACAAGGUCCACUUCUGCCGCAUCAGUGCCAAGAAACUCAACAAGGGUCAAGAUGUGCUGUUCUCUGCGAACAUGAGCAGUCCUAGUCAGUCCAUAACAUGCUAUGUUAUGUGUGAUGAGAUUGCCGGCACAUUGAGACAAGCAUCGCUGAAACCGGAAAUCCCUGUCUCUGCUUUUCCUACACCCAAAGCUGCGAAAGAGGCGGAACUGUCAACCCGACGCUCCAACGACUUACACAAGCCGGGACCGAACACAUCGAAGCGCCGGCAAGACAGCGUUAGGCUAUCACAUGCGGCUCAGAAUGACGACGACUUCGAGGAUCUUGACUUGGACGAUUCUGACUUCGUCAAGGCUGCAACAACCGACCUAGACUUCACACACAUCGAUACGCUUCGAAGUCGGACUUCCGCGGCUACUCGGAAGAAUACAGUCAGCAAUGCGAAGUCAAAGAAGACCCCUCAGCAUGAGCCUGUCCAGGAAGAGGAAGAGCGGGAGGCUCGGAGGCUCGACAAUGGCAAGUGGGCAUGCAACCAUAUCUGCAGAGAUAAGACUAGUUGCAACCAUCUGUGUUGCCGCGAAGGCAUGGAAAAGCCUCCGAAACGUCCAAAGAACAAGAGCACGACGGGCGAAAAGACAAGUACACAGCAAGCGGGCGGCAAAAAUCAGAAAAAACCACCCGGAAUCCAGGGUACACAGACAAAGCUGAAUCUCAAUGCGACGAAGAGCAGGCCGCAGCCGACCCUGGAUAGAGCCAGCAUCGAGUGUGUAGAUCUCAGCAAACGUGAAAUUAGCGACGACUACAUGGCCCACGCACCGCGAGAUUACAAGGCCCUGCACCGCCUCCAUACAAGCGUGCAAAAAGCGCCGCCACUUCCUCCUUCCGCGACGAGGGUUAUGCGCAACAAGCCAGAUUACUCGUACGCAGAAGGUGGGAUACCCAGCCUGUCCUUCUUGGGAGAUACCAGAGACACCAGAGAUACCGAGCACCGCAAAUCGAGUGAAGAUUACGGCGGCUGGCCUUCGCCUUCGGUAAUGGCUGAAGAUCACAUGGCUGAAGAUCACAUGGCUGACACUAUGAGUCCUCCGCACGAGCCUGAGGAGAUGGACAUGGAUCAACGGAGCGAUUCUCCCAGGAUCAGUGACGACGACUCGAUGCUUGAUGCGGUGAUGGUUGGGCUUGCGGACUCAGAGGACCUCAAGCCUACUCAACGAACGGAAGAUAAUUCCUUGCCAGCUACCCAAGCGUACGACGAUGGCGACUUCUCCUGGAGCGGCCCUCCCAAGCGGCUGUCGACACCGGGACUUGCGUCUCCAUCGCCUGGAAAGCUGGUCGUACCGGCACCAAAGGAAGAGAAAUCACUCUUUGUAACAGACGCAAGCAGCUCGCAAGCCCCAGAGUCCACCCCUGAUGGGCCACCGAAAUCGUUUCUAGGGUUCAAGCGGGCGCGGGAGCUGAUCGAGAUGCCGCAGCCGAUGAUGCCGUCUCUAACGAAGAAGUCGAAGAAGCCACUCUAUGAUGACAAACCAAAAGAGAAGAAUGCUGCCGAACCGGUAGGUGAGGAAGAGAAAUGGGCGCCCGUAGCCUGUGAGAAAUCCACGCCGCCAGCAGAGAUCAAACAGAGACCGGAGUUCGAGGGCCUGGAGGCGUGGAUUGUUGCUGAGUUCGGCGAUGUCGCCGAGUUUGUCUGA